GUUCCCGCAGGUCAAUAUCACAUUCCCCAGAUUUCAGCCCCUGCUACGUACGCUGGCAUCUUGUAAAACGUUAACUACCCAAGAUGCUCUUCUACACUUAGCCGGGAAACUCUAUAUAAAUAACAUGGAAGUUCCAGGCCUUUGAUAUUGUAGGCCCCUAUAUUAACGACCCCAGAUACAUCAUGACUUUACGACCUGGGACCCUUACCUAUUCCCUAACUUCUCCGCAAAAGGCAUCCUACGAUGUUGAAUACCCGAUGAUCCGCUUUCCCAAUUUGGUCGAAGUUAUGCCGCGAUAGAUUUAUCCACCUGCAAAUUAGCCAGAAGGGAUGAACGAGUCGAGGCGAAAUCCGGGAAAAUGGCACUAUUUGUGAGAUUAGCUUCAAGGAACCUCCGGAAUGAAAAUGUUUAUUUACCUUGGAACCUGCCCACCGGGUAUCUAGCGAUUCUUUAGAGAGGAGUAAAGAAACAUCUAGUAUUGAUCUGGAAUUGCUCUUGCUAAGAACGACAAUAUGCAGGUCUUGUCGACACUUGCAACUUUGGCGCUUGCCGCCGUUGGCAGUUGCCAAUCUAUCACCAAGGUCAACGACUUCAGUGGUACUCCGACAAACCUUGGGAUGUACGUUUAUGUGCCCACGAGCCUCCAGACUCCGGCACCUAUCAUCGUAGCAGUUCACCACUGCCAAGGAUCGGCUCAGGGGUACUCUACUGAGUCCAAAUACUUGUCAUUGGCCGACCAGCACAACUUCAUCGUGAUCUAUCCCAACUCAAGGUCCAGCGGUGGCUGCUUCGAUGUUUCUUCAGACGCCUCUUUGAAACACGAUGGCGGUGGCGACAGCCAGACUAUUGCCAACAUGGUCAAAUACGCGGUGGAGAACUACGGUGGAGACGCAAAUCGAACUUUCGUUACUGGAACUAGCUCCGGUGCCAUGAUGACGAACGUACUUGUCGGAGCUUACCCCGACGUGUUCAAGGCCGGAUCUGCCUACUCUGGUGUACCCGACGGAUGCUUCGCGGUACCGGGCUCUACUGCUACUCAAGACCCCCCUGGAUGGAACAACGAGUGCGCCAAUGGACAGAGCACAAAGACAGCAGAGCAAUGGGGCGACCUCGUGCGAUCGUACUACCCCGACUACACCGGUCCUCGGCCCAGAAUGCAGAUCUGGCACGGAUCUGCUGAUACUACCCUGCGGUAUCCUAACUACGCCGAGACGAUGAAGCAAUGGGCCAACGUUCUAGGCCUUACAGAGUCGACGGACACCGCCAACGCCCCUCAAAGCGGAUACACCCGGACUAUCUAUGGCGAAGGUGACGAGAACACUGCACAACUCGUCGGCUACAGUGCUCAGGGAGUUGGUCACUCUGUCCCUAUCCAUGAGACGAAUGAUCUCGCAUUCUUCGGUAUCGCAUAAGGGGCUAAAGUUGAUCAAGCCGAGAAAAUGAAAAACCGGGGAUAAAUGAUCGGAUUUCGCAGCUUGGACCUAGUGUUAGCACAAAACCGAUGAAUUUAUUGUUAUUCCGCGGAAAGUAUCGUCCAUUGAAACGUGUUAGCUGUAGACCGUGCGAACCCCUUUUUAGUGCACACUGU